AUGGUAGCCAGCGCGAAUCGACUUUACCUCGCUCGGCCACUCUUUGCACGGCCGGUGCGUGUGGCAUCAUGUCUCUUCAGCACAACAGCGACGCCCGUAGUGGCUCCCGGGGUGAAUGAAAGUCAGGCCAUAGACGAGCUACGCUUGCUGCUCAAAGCUGGCUGGGCACUCGACGAGCGUCGCUGUGGCAUUGAGAAGGCCUACUACUUCAAGACAUACACAAAAUGCCAGGACUUCUUCAAUACUGUUGCCAUACGGAGCAAGGCAAAGAACCACCAUUCCACCAUGACAAUUAAAGCCGGCUCUGUCCACGUCCACUGGACAACCCAUCACCCUCGUGGGCUCACGCUUCUGGAUACCGUCAUGGCCCGGUACUGUGAUGAGCAGUCAGCGUCAAUUGGAACGGUUGACCAGAGCCAAAGCAAAAAAUGCCAUCCUGCGCUGGCUUAG